GCCAAGUUCAAAAAUUCAUAAUAUGAAAGGUAUUUCCUGGUCAAAAUCGAAAAAGAAAUUAGGUACCACUCAACAACUUGAGGACACUCAAUGUUGUGCACAGAACAGACCGCGCAGCGUUGUGAUCAGAUCGAUGGCUGAAUCACUGAUCCAUUUUGUAGCUAAAUGCUUUAUCUAUCUAAUCACGGUUGUGAUGUUCAGUAUCACUACUGUUAUUUUCAAUCAAAGUAUCAUUGCUGUUGCAUAUUUCGCUUUUUUUGGAGUUUAUUGUACUACACUUCAAACGUCGAUAACUUUUUUCCUACGUCAUAGCGUCUUUUUUUGGUAUAUGCUAAUUAUUUUAAUUUUUAUUCAUAUUGUUUUAUUGGCUGAUCACUACAUUAUAAGAUAUGAAAUGAGUGCAAGUGAAAUCUUCUUGAGUCCACUGACAGUACAAAAUCCAAUAAAAUUACCUCAUUUUUGUAUCAAACAUAUACGUGAAUUUGGACGAGUAUUAUUAAUUAUUAGUUUAAGAUUAAUUGAUACAAUUUGUGCAUUAUCCCUCGCAUUUUGUGCUAUUCACAAAGCAAAAUCAGCAAAAAAAAGCAAAGCUGAAAAUGUAUCAUUGGUUUCUAUACCAUUUCUGAUUGUCGCAAUACUAUUCUCAACUCCCAUAUCAGAGAAACUUAAAAGACUACUAUGUUUAUUUAUAACUCAAUAUGUGAUUGUUAUAACAAAUUUUAAAUUGAUAUUCGAUGCGUAUAAAGGAUUUACAAAUUAUCCAAACUUCUGCGCAAAUCCGGAAUCAGUAGAAUGGCUGUAUUGGAUUGGAUUGAUAUCGGAUAAUACAAAGCCAGCUUUGGUUUAUUUUUUUAAUUUUCAAACUGAUCAACAACUUCAUUAAUU